GGUUAUUUGUUUAGUUUUAGCUUUUUUUUCUUAAUGCUCAAUGGAUCUGAACUGUGAACUUUCCCAUCUAUGGUUUUUUGCAUCCAGCAUUUGUCUCCAAAAUUCAUGGUUUAAGUUAUGAAUUUGAGACUCUUCAUCAACUACUGACGUAGAAAGCUAAGUGGGGUUCUGCAUUGCAGUCACACACAGUCCUGUGAAUUAUUAACAGGUAAUUAAGAAGCUUGGUUUUGUUUGAGAAUGAGAUCCAUAGAGGAUAAAGGGUGCUACAAUCACGGACCAAUUCAGGAGAUUUCAACUGCCAAUGGAAUAAGUUUUGAGUUUCAUAAAGGUAAUGGAGGAGCUAACCGCACUUCUCAUCAUAGGACAGCUUUAGGCAAGCCAACUCCAUCCAAAUGGGAUGAUGCACAAAAAUGGUUAGUGGGUUUGUCAAGAGGAGGUGGAGAUAAAAGCCAAUCCAAGCCAAGAAACUCAAAUGCUGAUGAUAGAAGACUUAUAGCUCCAGUUCCACAGCAAGAACAAGAGUAUUCAAGUGGAGAAGAUGAAGUUGUAGGAGAACAAACAAAUGGGUCAACAGAAAAUCCUUAUGAAGUAGAAACCAAGAAAGUUGAUUGCGAUGAGUCCAUUUGGAGAAUCAAUAAGCCAGUGCAGAAUUCUUCUGCAUCUGCUGUUAGAUCAAUAUGUGUUAGGGAUAUGGGGACUGAGAUGACCCCUAUUGCUAGCCAAGAGCCUUCAAGAACAGCUACUCCUAUUAGAGCUGGAACUCCAGUAGCAAGGAGCCCUAUAUCUUCAGGAUCCUCUACCCCAAUAAGGAAUCAGCAUGGGCAGCAAGGCAGUGAUCAGGGCUAUCCAACGGGGUUAGCAUCGACUGAAAGCAGAGUUGAUCCAAGUUCUGUUGCCAGAGGACGCCAUGGAGAAGAACUCAGUGGAUCUAAGAUACCUGAAAAUAAGGAUUUAGAUGAAGGAAGAAAUCUGAAUCCCUUAGAAACAAGAGCUAUGGCGUGGGACGAGGCAGAGCGAGCCAAAUAUACAGCUAGGUAUAAGCGUGAAGAGGUGAAGAUACAAGCCUGGGAAAAUCAUGAGAGGAGGAAAGCAGAGAUGGAAAUGAGGAAAAUGGAGGUGAAGGCCGAGAGAAUGAAAGCUCGCGCACAAGAAAGGUUAGCAAGCAAACUUGCCACAACAAAAAGAGUAGCUGAAGAGAAGCGUGCAAAUGCAGAGGCCAAAAUGAAUGAAAAAGCUGUAAAAACUGCUGAAAGAGCGGAUUAUAUAAGGAGGACCGGUCACUUGCCCUCUUCCUUCUCCUUCUCCUUUAAGUUGCCUUCCGUUUGCUGGGUGCUUCAAACGACAAUGUGAAAACGAAAUAGAAUGCCCAUGAGAAGAAUGUUUGAUCUCCUGUGGGGUAUAAUUGAUAUCAAUGUCAAGCUGAACGUAAGUACAGAGCCCUUUAAAUUUGGAACUCGGUCUAAAAAGGCAUACCCUUCAACGAGAGAAUUACCGGAGCUUCAUUGGAUUUCGAGUUAAAACUCUCUUCGUAUUCUUAUUUUAUGUCAAUUUAAAUUAGUAGAAUUAGCGGACAUUAUUGGAUAUUGAGUUUUUUUUUUAAAUUACCAUUAAAUGUAGAAUUAUGGUGUGCUAUAGUAAUAAAUAAUUAUCAUGGUGUGAACAGAAA